CGGGCGCGGUGCGUUUGUGUGUGUUGUGUUGCUGUCGCGGCUCGGCGCCCGUGUGUGCGAGCCGCUUUUGUGUGCCGGCGACAGUGGCAGCGGCGUCGUUCACCGCUGCUGACCGAAUACUGGACAGACCACGCGUCAGCACCAGCUAGUUGCCUGUGCUCCCCGAGAAUUUUUCCGAGGUGCUGAACCUCCAAAGGACGGAUGCUGUUCGUGUAGUAGUGCCGGCCCAGCUACAGCUUGCAGUGACCAAGCAGGAAGCCUUCAAAACCAGUGACAAACCGUCAAACCAACACUGACUUUCUGGUCUUCCUACGCUAGUCUCGGAACUACCAUGGCCGAUGUUGAAGGCGGUUCCUCGCACUGGCCACUGCAGACGGCGCGGCCGUCUUUCGCCGAGCCCAGGUAGACGACGACCAGUGAGCGAGGCAGUCCGCCAGGUCGCAGACAGCCCGCACCAAUGUUCGGGCUCAAGUUCCGGUCGUGGAUGGAGUCGCACAUCGUGCGACCGCGGAAGAAACAACAGCAGCAGCAGCAGCAACAACAACAGCAGCAGCAACAUCAACAACAACAGGCGGGGUCGGCGGCGGCAGCUGCGGGCCGCGGCGCUAAGGCGUUCGGUGGCGGAAAGGCGUCGGGGGCGGGACCCGGGGGCGGCAGGGGCGGCCGACCUCUAGGCUCCGCGGGCAACUCCCCCAGCAGCCCGGGCCGGGCGCGCAGGGACCGCGAAGCCGCCGCCCAGGCGUCGGCGUCGGCGGGGGGCGGCAUCUCGCUGCUGGCGCAUGCGCAGCAGCGCGGCACGGCGCACAGCCUGUCGUCGCCCGAGUCGGCGUACUCGACCGGCUACUCGACCGACGGCACGUCUCCGGGCGCCUCCUUCCCGCCGGAGUACUACAUCAACCUGCGCACCGGCACGCACUACUUCCACAGCAGCGGGGGCGGCGCGGGCGCAGCCGGAGGCGGAGGCGGAGGACCGGCUGGCGCGGGGGCGGCGGCCGGCGCGCUCGGGCACCAGCCGCAGCUCGCGUACCACCACCACCAUCACCACCAGCACCACCACCACCAGCAGCCGUUUCCACCUCAACACCCGAGGCUCGUACAGGUGUCCGAGGGCGCGGCCGUGGUGCCCAGCCACCGGCGCACCGAGUCCUACGACGAGUGCCGGCGCGUGCCGCUGCCCGUGCCUGUGCCCGUGCCGCCCGGACAGCCGCCGGCCGACGGGCAGGCGCAGCCGCAGCCGCCGGCGCGCGCCAGCUACGCGCUGCCCGACGAGUACUCGUCGCCGCCCGCGACGAGCGCGGCGCCGUCGCCGCGGCAGCGCAACCGCAUCCGCACCAACCCCUGGCUGGCGGGCAGCUCGCUCAGCUCGAGCGCCUCCUCCUCGUCGGCGGGCCGCGGCAGCCUGGCCGGCGUCUCCGGGCCCCAGCAGCAGCCGCCGGCGCAGGCCCGCGCGCAGCGCCCGCUAGAGUCCUCCAGCGGCAGCGACGCCACGCUGCCGCGGCGCGCCAACGACGCCGCGGCCGCUACCAUGCAGCCUGCAGGUGGGGGCAGAGAGGCGGCCCUCCUGCUGCACCGAGCCUCGCCUCGUGGCGUAGAGGCGCGAGGGCCGGUGGAGAGCGUCAGGCCGUGCCGCGGCAUAAACACCACGGCCGCCGCCGCCCCCGCUGCUGCUGCCUCCCAGGGCAGAGCGCGACGCCCGCGUCUGCCCGCCGCCGCCCUUCCCGCCACCCCCGGUGUCUGUCGAGGGCUGAUCGAGGAGAUGCUUGUCGCCGAUAACGAGGGGCGGGCGGGCCGCGUGUGGGGCCGGCAGGCCGCGACGCCGACGCCGCCCCCCGGCAGUGGCAGCCGCGGCAGCGCCUCGCCCGCUCCCGCAGGCGCCGUGGCGGCGGCAGGCCCGCACGGUCCCGGCUCUGCCGUGACGUCACCGCGGCGCGCCAGCCUCUGCUCGUCGACGUCCUCGUCGACGGUGUCGUCCGCCUCGUCGUGUGGCGUGGGCGGUGCGGGGCCCGGCGUGGGCGGCGGCUCGUCGGCGGCCAGCAGCGGCUGCGGCGGCCGGGCCUGCGUGUCGGCGCCCGUGGGCCGCGCCACGCUGUCCGCACAUCUCUCCCUGUCCGCCGACGAGCACGACGAGCUGGAGCUCGACGACGAGGACGACCUCACGCUCAACGAGAUGCUCGGCAAGUUCGACGAGAGCUACGUCUAUGAGAAGGAAACGGAUAUCCUUAGCGACAGCGAUCCCACGGACUGUGACGAAGACACGGACUUCGACACGGGCCAAGAGUGCGGCGACGACGACGGCGACGUGGACGGCGACGACGAAGACGAGGGCGAGGCUGGCAGCGGCGAGGCGGACGGGGGCGGCGGGGGCGGCAGCGGCAGCGGCGAUCUGGCGGACGAGGAGGAGCUGGACUUCAUCGACAACGGGUCGUGCGUCGACAUGGAGGCGGCGGAGGAGCGGCGGCGGCCGGCGCGCAACCGCGGGCACUGCACCUACCACAUUCCGGCGGACCUGCUGCCGCAGCCGUCGUUCAACCAGCAGCAGCAGCAGCAGCAGGCUGUGCCGCAGGCGCAGACGCAGCCGGCGCCGGCACGCAAGCCCUCCGGCCGCUACCGCGAGUCGUUCCUGCGUCGCUCCAGCGCGCGCCGCCACUCGGCUGCCCGCUCGGCGCUGCACGUCACCUCCGAGCAGUCGCAGGCGGCGGCGGCUGCUGCGACUGCCGACGCAUCCUCGGCCGCCAGGGAGGGCACCGGCAGUCCGCUGCCCGUGGCGCGGCAGCACAGUGCCAGGCGUUCGGUGGACGAUGGUUUUCCAGUGGGACGUAGAAGCUCCAGUCGACACCACCAUCACCAUCAUAUGCAGCAGGUACACGGUCAGCCAGGCUCACGGAAUUCGAGCGAAAAGAAGAGGCCAUCUCGGUGCUCUGUGCGUCGCUCUGCGAAUAGCAGCAUCAGGGAGAGACAGCACGAAUCUGAUCACGACCGGGACCAUGAAAGAGAGUGGCCCAGCGCUGGAUCGAGAACAGGUGCUGCUGGAUCACCAUUACCCAAACAUAAUGGGUUGCAUCACCAGCAACAGGCGCAACCACAGCAACACACCGACAGAUCAGCCGACGUACAGCUGGGUCCCAGUGUCAUGAAUCUCAACAAGGUCCUCAUGCAGAAGAUGCUGGAGCGUACUGGUGUGACUGGAACAAGGAGCGCUGGAAAUACUCCAAUAAGCCUGCGCAGGCGAAUUCUUGAAGGUGAAGGAGUGCCACUUUCGCCAUCCAGGCUGAUAAACAAAAAUAUUAGACCACUGCAUCCCAUGAAUUGUAACACUGGUGCCAAUGGGAACUGGAACCAAGAUGUCUCACCUAAGAUGAUUACAGACGUAUACUGCUCCCCUCAGAAACAGCGUUCAAAUUCCGUGAGCUCCACAGCCAGACGAAGCGACACUGGCUGUGGAGGUAUCUACGGUGGAGGAAACGGCCUGAUGCGCAAUGGUGCACGAGGCAAUGCCAAUUAUUUGGCAACAUUUUCAUCUGAGAUGGCACUUGUGGAAGCAGACAAAGAAGCAGACCGUAAAUAUAGGGAGUUAAUCCUAGAAGCAGAAAAUAUUCUGGUCAGCAUGAAAGGAGGUAUAAUGGAUAAAACUACAAAUUUCAUGCUUCCAAAACCUAAACCAUAUUUCUUGAACUCAAAUUAUCUCAAUGACAAUUGUCCCAGAACCAAACCACCAGCAAUGCUUAAAAAUUCUGCUAAUGAAGAAAAGACAGUAUUAAAUUCUGGCUCGAGAAAUGAAUUGAGGUCACCACCAGAAAUUUUAAGAUCACGUACAACCUCACCAAAACGAAUUGUAGAGAAUCACAAUGAAGAUCAAGAUUUGCAAAAUGGUAACACGUUUUUGAUGACAGGAGAGGACUCAUUCAAGCGACAUAAAGAGCCAGACAAAAUCCUAGGCAGCCCAAGAAAGAGACAGAACAGAAAUAUCAGAAGUAUGCCAGUGCAAGGAUCCAGUUCAUCUGAAUCUGAUGGCUCCUCAACCCCACAUCAGGAAGAUGUAACUUUCUCACCAAAGAUACCAGUUUCUGCCAGCACUAAUAAUUUUCAGAGACCUGCUCUGACAACAUUCCGCUCUAUUGAUAUUGGGAAUGCAGCUGAUGGGUCUAGAUACUGCCCACAAAGUGAACCUGUCAAAAGGAAGGUAUACACAUGCAGUGCAACAUUUGACAGACUGCAAAAGUCUUUAGAAAAAAGCCAGCAUGCAUCUUUCAGACAAAAAGGUGGUUCUGCCAAAAAUACUACCAAUGAAGCAGGAGAGAAGAGUGGGCGUGAAAGCUUAAAAGAAAAGUUAGAACAAUUGCGGAAAGAACGUCUUGAAGUUGAAGCAAAAGUUCGAGAGGCACAAGAAGAUGAAAGGAGAAGAUUUGAUGACAAAAGGCAGUUCUCUCUGUUACGGCGCCAGAUGCUUGUACAUACAAUUGAAGGCCUGAAGAAAAGUCUUGAGGAUCAAUCAGCUAAACUUCAGGAAACUUACCAACCAGAUAUUGAAGUACCUGUAAGUAACAGGAGGCACUCAAGCAGCAGUAUUGGCUUGCAGCAGGAGGCAGACUGCAUUGAAAAUGAUCAGUAGCAAAGCUAAUGAGUAAGGAAGGAAAGUGCAAAUGUAGCACCUAAAGUAUCAUUAUAGUGCCCUAUGAAGGGCUUCUUAUGAGACUGAUAAACUGGUUUAUGUGUUAGAAGCUAUCAAAAACUCCCCAUAUGAGUGUCGAAUUAAAAAAAAAAAUAUCUUUAUUCAAUGGGAGCAACAGAAAGUGUCUUGAGCAAUUCUAUUUUGAUAUCUAAGCGUCACAAUAAUAUGAAGUCAUGAGCUUCUGGAAGUUAUGCAUAUUCCUUUUUUUAAAUAAUUGAUAUAUGUGGACAAUGCAAAUGACUAUAAUUGAUGUUCAGUUGUGUAAAAGAAUGUAUUUAUGUAUAUAUAUAUAUAUAUAUAUAUAUCACUCAAGAAGCAAUUGGUAAAUAAAUAUGAGAGACUGUUGGCAGUGCUCAAGCACAGUAAAUAUGCAAUAUUCCUGAGGCUGUAUACUCUAUAAUUGUUAUCCAGUAUAAAGUGGUUUCCACUAAAAGCAUAGAAGUUUUAUAGAACACAGUGAACCUCCUGUAGAUUUUCACAACAAGUAAAUUAACAAAUUGCAUUGGUUCCAAGUGAUGUCUUGCACAAUAAUGAAUAAUGAGGUAGAAAUAGAAAUAACUUGCCCAUUCAAGAUGUGUUGACGAAAAGUUUAUAUCUGCAUUUGGAAAAAAAUGUCAGUUAACCUAAAACCUGCUUGAGAAAAUUGUAAAACUUUUGUUAUUCAGACAUAAAAUUUGCAGCUAUUGUCUUAUUUUUAACAGCAUCUUAAUACUGAUAUACUGAAUUGGGCAAAAGAUGUAUAUUAUUUUUCUUAUAUUAAGCUGUAGAAGUAUUCCAUGAAUGUUUGUAGUCCCUAGAAUGUAUAAUAUUCCUCUAGGAUGGAAAGAAAAAUGAUAUAUGCAUUGGCAAGGAAAACAGUAGCUGUCAAAUCUUAACUAGGAGAAACCUAUUAACCAAACCACAAUAUCUACAAUGCUAGAAUGACAGAAAAAUGUCAUGUAGAAAAUAUUAGAAUAAUAAAACUUAAAAUAGCAUCUCCCAGAUAGCUUUGUCAUAUAGAUUGUGGUAGAAACAAUAUGUUUGUUAGGCAAUUGUGUCAAUAUGCAAUUAGCAGCUGUUUUCCAAUAGAGUAUCUCAUUUAUGUAACUUCCUGCUGUGAACAAACUACAGGUACUAUCAUCAACCUUUGGCACACUUUUUCCCCAAAAUAUUUACAGAUUGGUUCACUUCAAAUAACAAUCUGUGUACCACUUUAAAACUGUGUCUUCAGAAAAGAACCAAAGCAAUUACUUACGUGAAUCUUUAUAGUUUGUAUCUAUGAAAAGAUCUACUGAAAUACCAAAGAAAUAAGUUGGUAAGAAAAGUUUAUGAUAAUAUUGAAGAGGGUUUCUAUAACAGUGCUCUGGCAUAGUGAAGAUAUGGCUGUGUGCAGAAAAUGUAGUUACUUCAGUUUUCUGUUUUUGUAUUUUGUUUCAUUUUAUGUAUGGAAAUAUUAUUUAUAUGACAGUUUUGUUAACAAAAUGAAGUUUCAUCUGAUAUUUUGAAACUGAACU